AUGGUAGAAGUGCAAAUUGCGGGAUGAAUAUUUGCCCGAAGUACCAACGCCAAAGACCCCUGGACCAGUGAUUCGAGUGAACGAAGCCAAAACCGAAACCAAAAUUAUUUACGGAAAAGAAAAAUGACCGUCAGAUAAACGGACUAUCGAAAGAAUUACGCGAGUUCGUGGUAAAUAGUGCCAUAUGGAUUGUGAAAAAAAGUGCAUAGAUGUCAUAGAGAAUCGGUUGGAAAGAAUUUGACUGGAAGAAGUGUCUCAGUUGAAGAGGAAAAAACCGGUUGCACAAGAUGAUGAAGAAGGAGAAACCGAUGAUGUCGGUGACGGCGAUAAUCCAGGGUGCCCAGGCACAACACUGGGCGCGUGGUAACACCUGGCUGAGCCUCGACAGUAGUAACAUGUCGAUGUCGUCGGUGGGACCUCAAAGUCCCCUAGAUAUGAAACCAGAUACCGCGAGUCUCAUGAACUCAGGGAACUUCAGCCCCUCUGGUCCCAACAGCCCGGGGUCAUUCACAACGGGAUGUCACAGCAGUCUCCUGAGUACUUCACCAGGCGGUCAGAGCAAGACCGGUGCUGGUUCACCAUAUCCACCGAAUCAUCCACUUUCCGGUAGCAAACAUCUGUGCUCGAUCUGCGGCGAUCGGGCCAGUGGAAAACACUAUGGAGUCUACAGCUGCGAGGGCUGCAAGGGCUUCUUCAAGCGAACAGUGCGAAAGGAUCUCUCUUAUGCAUGUCGGGAGGAAAAAUCCUGCAUUAUUGAUAAGAGACAGAGGAAUCGCUGUCAAUACUGUCGUUAUCAAAAGUGUCUGGCGAUGGGAAUGAAACGGGAAGCUGUGCAGGAGGAGAGACAACGUACAAAGGAACGAGAUCAGAGUGAAGUUGAGAGUACCAGUAGUUUACAUUCUGAUAUGCCCGUCGAGAGAAUUCUUGAGGCUGAGAAGAGGGUCGAGUGUAAAAUGGAGCACCAGGGGAAUUACGACAACGCCCUCUCGAGUAUCUGCAACGCCACGAAUAAACAGCUGUUUCAGCUGGUGGAGUGGGCAAAACACAUCCCGCAUUUUACAUCUCUUCCUCUGGAGGAUCAGGUCCUAUUGUUACGAGCAGGAUGGAAUGAGCUCCUGAUAGCAGCCUUUUCCCACCGCUCGAUGGACGUCUCGGACGUGAUUGUCCUAGCCACUGGGAUCACAGUCCAGAGAAAUUCGGCGGAGCAGGUCGGCCUCGAGAGGAUAUUCGACCGCGUCCUCUCGGAGUUGGUCACUAAAAUGCGAGAGAUGAAGGUCGACAAAACGGAAUUGGGAUGUCUCAGGGCAAUUAUCCUCUUCAAUUCUGAGGUGCGUGGAUUAAAGUCAGCGCAGGAGGUGGAGCUACUCCGGGAAAAGGUGUAUGCAGCCCUCGAGGACUACGUCAGGAUUGCAAAACCCAAUGAACCUGGACGAUUUGCUAAACUCCUUCUGCGUCUACCCUCGCUUCGCUCAAUCGGUCUCAAAUGCCUCGAGCACUUGUUCUUCUUCAGGCUCAUCGGUGAUGUACCCAUUGAUUCAUUCCUCAUGGAGGUACUCGAGAGUCCAGCUGAUCCUUAGGAGAUGGAGGUGUGCCGCGUACUGGGGCACACCGACAUGUAAUCACCCAGAAUCAACAACAAAAUUAUAUUUUUAGGAAAAAUUUCGUUGAGUUUUUGCAUGGGACAAACUAUUUCACGGAUUUUUCCCCUAAUUCAUGAAAACCCUAGGAAAAUUAAAAUUUAUUAUAAAUAUCUCCACAAUUUCACUUGCAGCAAGGCAAUUAGUCAAUAAAAAUUUAUCAAUUAAUUGAAUUCAUUAAUUAGGUAAUUGGCGUAGGAAAGUUCAUUUUUAUCCACAAUUUUACUUGCAGCAAUUGGUCAUUGAAAAUUGGAGAGUGUGAGAUUUUGUUUUUUUUUUUUGUGCUUUCAUGCAAAAACUCAAUGACUUCACUUUAAUAUCGAUUUAACGCACCUGAGGGGAAGAUUUUACGAGGGUAUUUUGUCGAACAGGGAUACUUAUUGUUAGAUUUUAUUCACUAUUUUUUUUGUUAUUUAUGUCCAACGUGAAUGGAAA